GAAGCAGUCUGGACUCUGGUGGCAUGCACUUGGUACUUAUUAUAAAUUCCCAGCCUACCAAAUACAGUCUAGGCUACCGAACAAAGUCCUACUCAUUUGUUGUGAAAAUUGUAACUGACGAGGAUACCGUAUCCGUACUCCCACCCUUCGAGAAGCACUUAGGCUACGAAAUUACUUCCCUUCAACAAACAUUCCCCGACUUCACAAGGAUACUAGUAACCCACUACGGCCCUAGCUUCCUUGGUACCCCGUUCGCAAUCUGAGUAAAGCUAUUGAACUCAUUUAAAAGCAAACACAAGCAACAUGAACAAUUGAUGUCAUCCAGGGAUGAUUACCUCACCUCCGAGAAGAAGCAGCGAAUACCGAGCUAGGGACUCGCAAUAACGCGGCUUGGCUAAGACAAUGCACCGACCGAGGCGUAAGCAACCACUUACUGCUUAGCCACAACACCCGCGGAGCUA